UUUUUAAUAUCCUGACAUCGCAGCAUGACACGCUGAGUAACGACGCACAGACGUACGCACAGUCAUCUAAACGUACAAGAUGGCGGCGGCAAUGGAUGUGGACACCCCGAGCGGCACGAAUAGUGGAGCAAGCAAAAAACGCUUCGAAGUGAAGAAGUGGAAUGCUGUGGCACUUUGGGCCUGGGACAUUGUGGUGGACAACUGUGCCAUUUGCAGGAACCACAUCAUGGACCUUUGUAUUGAGUGUCAAGCCAACCAGGCGUCGGCUACAUCAGAGGAGUGCACAGUAGCAUGGGGAGUUUGUAACCAUGCUUUCCACUUUCACUGCAUUUCCCGUUGGCUGAAGACAAGGCAGGUGUGUCCUCUGGACAACAGGGAGUGGGAGUUCCAGAAAUAUGGACACUAGUGAUGGAACCCGGGGCUUUUAUUUUUUGCUGCAAGCCAGGGGCCUGCCUUUACUACACUGCAAACUAGGGACACACAUUGUUGUCAAAGGGACUGUAGUCUGUGUUGAAGAUGUUUCCUUUUUGUCGCAAUUCCUCAUUUUGUUUUGAAUUGCAUGAAAACUUAGUUUUUAAAUGUUGGGAUUAUCGAUAUGAUAAUACACCUGUAAAUAAACAACAUUACAUUUAA